CCUGUCCAACGUUUCUCAAAAUCUCAACACUUUGCGACCCCAACCGUUUCUCUCUCUCUCUCUCUCUCUCGAGACCCUUUUGAGUUCUUCUAUUUUCUUGCACCGACCCGCAUUUCAAAAUCGUUCCUUUCCCCCACCUUCCCUCCACUUCUCCUGUUCCCUCUGAAUUAUCUCAAGAACCGUUUCUUCUCCAAAUGUUGUGAUCAUCUCGUCUGUUGUUGCUGCUUUUAAGCUCGACCCAAUUCGUUUUUUUUGCUUCAAGAGAAAAUGGGAAGAGCUGCGAGAUGGUUCAAGGGCUUACUCGGGAUGAAGAGAGACAAGGACCAGAGCAACCGCAGCAGCUCCAGCUCGGUCUCCGGCGACAACAAGAAGGACAAGAGGAGGUGGAGCAUCGGUAGGUCCGCCAGAGAUUCUGAUAAGGUCCCGUCGGCGGCGGACGCCAGCGUGACCGGCGCCGCCGGAGACGCCGCAUGGCUCAGGUCGUUCAUUGUGGAGUCGGAGAAGGAGCAGAACAAGCACGCCAUAGCUGUCGCGGCAGCCACUGCGGCAGCGGCCGACGCGGCGGUAGCGGCGGCGCAGGCGGCCGUGGCGGUGGUGAGGCUGACGAGCCAGGGCAGAGGAGCUCGGUUCGGGGGCGGGAGGGAGCAAUGGGCCUCCGUCAAGAUUCAGACCGUCUUUCGCGGCUACUUGGCCCGAAAAGCUCUGCGAGCAUUGAAGGGACUGGUGAAGUUACAGGCGCUUGUGAGAGGUUAUCUGGUGAGGAAGAGAACCACUGCAACGUUGCAUAGCAUGCAAGCUCUCAUAAGAGCGCAGGCUAAUGUCAGGUCCGAGCGAGCUCGCCGUUCCGUCAACAAAGAGAACCGGUCCCAUUUCGAAAACCGCCCUAGAAGAUCCAUCGAGAGAUUUGGGGAACCGAGAAGCGAGUUCCAUAGCAAGAGGCUAUCCGCUUUGUACGAAACUCCGGUAAAUCCCUUCGACGAGAGCCCGAAAAUCGUCGAGAUCGACACGUUCAAGCCGAGGUCUCAGUCACGCCGAAUGAACAGCGUGCUGACUGAAUACGGAGAAGAUUUUCCCUACCAUGCUGUCUCGUCCCCGCUCCCCUGUCCUGGCCAUGCCCCGGCCCGGCUCUCGAUUCCCAAUUGCCGCCACAUGCAAGACUUUGAUUGGUGUUUCGCUGGGGAUGAGUGCAGGUUCUCGACCGCCCAGAGCACGCCCCGGUUAGCCAAUUCUUUGGGGUACUUUGCUCCAGCGACCCCCGCGAAGAGCGUGUGCGGGGACCACUUCUUCCGCCCCUAUCCCGGCGGAUUCCCCAGCUACAUGGCAAACACGCAGUCAUUCAACGCCAAGUUGCGGUCCCAUAGCGCCCCGAAGCAGAGGCCCGAGCCGGGGUCUAAGAAGAGGCUCUCGCUAAACGAGAUCAUGGCAUCGAGAAACAGCAUGAGCGGCGUUAGAAUGCAGAGGUCUUGCUCUCACCUUCAAGAAGUUUUGAAUGGUUGAGAUUUGAAAAAAAAAAAGAAAAAACUCUCUUAUGCAUUAGUGAAGUUAGGAGCAGUUUGGUUUUCAAGGUUGUUAGAAUUGGAAACAGAGCUUCCAUCUCGGAGCUUCAUGAGUUUGCCACUUGAUGUGAAACAAAGAAAAGAAAUAGGAUGAGCCAGCCAGAGUGCUUGUGUAAAUUGUCCUCGACAGUCGUUUUUCUUGUGUGAAAAAUGGCUGCUUACAGGUUUAUUGCAAUGAAAGCGCAUGGAAAUGAU